AUGAGUGUAUCACCAACAAAUUCUACAGAAUUAAUGUUAUCCAAUAAUGUUACAAGGUUCAGAAAUGAUAAUCGCCUACUGAUGGAAUUGUCUUUUCGUCAAAAUACCAACAAUACUGAAAUAUGGAUGCCCCCAGCUAUAGUAUUUGAUCCAGAUCAAUUGACGGAGUAUAUUUCGCAAAAUUCACGAGCAGUGGAUAUUGCGGAUGACGAAUAUGGUAAUAUUACUGUAUGUGAUGACUUAGAAGAGUUUCAAGAAGAAGUCGAGGAUGAAGAUGAUCCGGAAUACCAAGCAAAACUAUAUCAUCGGUUAUCAAUUAGAGGUAGUAUUAGACGACAAACCAAAGAUCAUCGUUUAUUUCAAACAAUACUUUCGAAUAAUAAACUUAUGGGCUCUGAUAACUUCACUAGCACCGAAAAUAAUGGAAAUAAUAAGGAUAAUAAUGAUAAUAAUGAUAAUAUCGCGACCGUUGGAGGCGCUAGGGUAUUAGGCCAAGAAGUAUUUUUAGAAUGUCACGAACUUUGGUCGCUUUCAAAAGUCUUCCAAUGGGUGUCGAAACUACCCGAAAAGUUGCAACUUACCUUAUUGGAUGAAUACAUGAUAAGAGACUGUUUGAAAGGACUCAUCAAGUUUCAUUAUGGCUAUAUGGAUGAAGAUGUGAUAUUUGAUAUCGUGACAUUGAUAAUUGAUGAAUUUAAGCAGAACGAUUGCUUUAUGGAGGCCUUCGAUGAUCAGUACUAUAUAGACAAUGAGGCCAGCAUCUCGGGGGUAAUACCUCAAUUAUCGACCUGUUAUUCUACACACUAUAACCAUUUGCAAGUCAAAGUACCAUAUAGUUGUUAUGAUGUGUUUUGCCAAUUUUGUGAGAGACAUGCCCACGAGAAUGAUAUAAAAGAGCGGAAUCCUUAUCCAGUGAAAUGCAGUUGGCAUAACUAUUGGAAUAUAAACCCACAAGAAGCUUCGUCCUUGAAGGACAAAGAUCUAUGUCAAUUUAUGAUCUUUGAAAUAAUAACUACCGCGAAUCGAAAUUACUUCAAUGCCAAAGCGUUUAUUGAAUUAGUAGGUGGGAAGUUCAAGGCAGAAAAAGAUGAUUUAGCAUCCCCAAUGAGUAAAAAUGAAUUUUUUGAACUGGCAUUUGGAGGAUUGCAAAAGAUUGUCGAGAUUAAACAAAAAUAUCUUAUAGAGCCUCUUCGGAAAGUGUUGAGUAAUCAGGGGAGAUAUAUUACCAAGGAUUUUUGGAAAAUACUUUUACAGUGGCUACAACACUCUGAGGAGCUCUACAUGAGAGAUUGGAAACACAAGUGUCGAUUAGCAAUUUUUCUAGAUUUUGCAAAAGAUCGAUCUCUGCAAGCUCUAUCUGGCGCGGAUACUUCUGCAAUUUCAAAAUCCAGAAUCUAUAAAUGGGUAGGUAAACAAAAGAGCGAAUAUCUGGGGAAGUUUUCGAUGUAUUUUGAUUGCUUAUUAUUCGAUUUGGUGGAAUUGAAAAACAUCUUUGACAGAUUGACAAUUUUUUUGGAUAGACACAAUACCCCACAAUCAGAAGCACUAAUGGGAAUGCGUGUAGUUUCUGAUACCAUCAAACGUCUACUUCUUCAAUUAGACCAGUAUAAAGCAACCAUUGACACUGAGGAAUAUAUUGAAAAACUUGAUUUUAGAACCCACAACAUUAUUCCGUGCAGGUUGGACAAAUCGAUGGUAUUUGAAUCACAAAUCAGAAGCCAUACCAUUGAAAACACAAACCUUUUCAUUCUUUUGUUUAAUUCCACAGUGUUGUUUUGUAUCCGUGACUUGAAAAAGAAUAAAUACACUGUUAUUGCUAACCCUAUUCCAUCAUACUAUAUUUAUGCAAAGGAGGAUUCACAAAUUGCCAACUAUGGGUUCAGAGGCCGCAAAACUAGUGGUUCCACAAUCAAGGUGAAAAGUGUGGGCGAUAGUACAAGGUUUUUCUUCCAUGAUUAUCAGGGAUCAGUUAUAAAUGCUAUCAAUGAACAUCGUGAAAAGUUCUCCAAGCUGUUGUUUGACCAUAAGGUCUUCAAGCUAAAGCAGAUUUUUAUUAAUGAAAAUUUUGAUCAUCAAAAUAUGGGGAAAAACGAUGAUCAAAUUUAUGGUAGUGAUGUGUUGCAAUUUUUUCCGAAGAGAAGAUCUCACACAAAAGAAAAUCCUUUGUUGAUCGAUACGAUUAUUUGUUCUUUAACUAUAACUUUCCAAGGCAGGCGGUAUUAUGUCGUGGGAAAGAAAAGUGGUGUUAGCAUGUGUAAAAUGGGUACUAAGAAAUGGGUAAAAGUUUUGAAUGUUAGCGGAUUAGUCUAUAUUGGAGUCAUGAUAUUAUCAGAGACUUUGCUUGUUCUUUCCAAAAAGGAGUUAGUUUGUGUAAAACUUUCUGAUCUCUGUGAAGUUAUGGAACACAAACCACGAUUUCUGCUUAACGGAGUCCCUGCAGUUAAAGUUUUGAAUAAAUGGUAUGGAGAUAUCGUUGGGAUAUCAAUUUUGCAUACUAAACAUACUACUGCUAGUACUCCCAAUGAAUCUUUAGCCUGUUUCAUUUGUACUAGCUCUUGUGUCAGGCUCCAACUUUACCAGGUUUCUAAUGACAGAUCGGUAACAGUUUUACCAAAAAAGAAUUAUAAAAUUAAAGGAGUUUUGAUGAAUAGCUACGUGAAUUGCAGCUCAUUGGAGAAUAAUGUCUUCUUUCCAGUUGCUGAGAAAGGUUUCGCUACAUGUGCGGUACCAGAGGAUGAAGUAAGCACAAUUGAAAUCAAAUACUUCCCUAGCUCCGAUAACCUUUUAGCUGCUGUUGAUCGCAGGUCUUCGACAUUGGUGGACACGGGAUUACUUGAAUCUGCCAGAAAACUAAGUACUUCGCGACCUAUUGGGAUUUUCAAGCUUUCAUCUGAAGAAACCUUGGUUGCUUUCAGUCGGGUGGCACUUUUUUGUAAUUCGCGGGGGAGUUUAUCCCGAGAUAAGUUCUUGGAGUUCGGGACCUAUGGACGAGCUUCCUGGUAUCAAAACGGAUACUUGCUAGUAUUGGGGGUGAACUGUAUUGAAGUUUACUGUGUUAACGUGAACGAUAAAAAAUUGAGCCCAGGUUCUUUGGUACAGGUCAUUAAGGGCAAAGGCUUCAGACCAGUUGAUUUUGCCGCUUGCAAAAUUGUGUCCCAAGCUUUUGAUAAAGACAUUGACAGGGCUUUCUUGGAGGUUUUAUAUGUUGGAAGAGAUCUGUGA